AUGUCUUCUUCCGACGGCAACUUUGGCAAUGCUGUCAACGGCCCCAUGAGCCUUGAGAAUCUCUUCGGCAGUACCUGGCCUACUAUUCUUCAGGCAUGCCUCAAUAACAACUGUGAUGGGGACUUCCGCUCCUUUCGCGAUGCCCUUGACCCUGGGAGCAACAGACCCGCCAACACCCAAGCCCUGCUCAUCUUCAACGCCUUGGAAGAGGCACUGCAGAUGAUCGAUCAGAAGCAGAUGCAACUGAAAACGGAAGUCCACACAGGCGACGCCCUGAAUCAGAACCUUCGAGACCAGCUCGCUCAGAGCAAAGGCCAGGUGGCUGCGUACGAAGGCGGUAUCGGCAACCUCGCCAGGUCCUUCGAACAGGGCAUCCAGGGCAUCGGCAGCAGAGGGGGCCACGGGCCCUCUUCCCUGGGCGGUGCCCGCCUCAAGCUCAAUGUUGAGAAGAAGAAGUACUCGACCGAAUAUAGCAAGAUCCUGUACGCUGUUUCCCGCCUGGGCGGUGAGGAGCCGCAUCGGUGGGAAUGGAAGGACACGGAUACCCUCUUCGAUUGGCUGGAGCGCGCGUAUGACUCUCACGACAGGUCUGGUGAUGCCAGCCGUGAGAUGGACGAUCUGAAGCAGAAGAACUCUGCCUUCAGCGUCUUCCUCUCAGAGUUCUUGGUCCUCGCAUCCGACCUGGGUCUUAACGACAAGGCCAAGGUUAAGAAGCUGAAAAAGAAGGUAAACAACGAGCUGCAAUCAGCGAUGAUCAAGAAUAUCGCCGACUACGCGCACCAUACGGGUAACAAGAACCCGUUCUCGAACAACCCGUUCAACAAGGACAACAACAAGAAUCACGGCAACAACAACAAGAACAACAACAACAAGAACAACAACAACAAGAACAACAACAACAAGAACAACAACAACAAGAACAACAACAACAAGAACAAGAACAACAAGAACAACAACAACAAGAACAAGAACAACAAGAACAACAACAACAAGAACAAGAACAACAAGAACAACAACAACAAGAACAACAACAACAAGAACAACAACAACAAGAACAACAACAACAAGAACAACAACAACAAGAACAACAACAACAAGAACAACAACAACAAGAACAACCAGAACCAGCACCCCCCACGAGCACAGCAGACCCCGGCCCCCGCAGGCGACCCCAUGGAUAUUGAUACCGUUAAGCUGCGCCGCUUGUCAACGACGGAGAGACAGAGGCGGAUAGAUCAGGGCCUCUGCUUGUACUGCGGAAAAGAUGACCACGUGAAAAGGGAUUGCCCUGAUACUCCCAGUUCUCCUGCGUACGGUCCCCUCUCGCGUCAGAACAGCAACACCUUUCCUGAGCGACCAGGCUCCGCGCCCCCUGGAAAUAACAACACCAACCCGUUCUGGCAGGGACACCCGCAGGAUCUCCGUAUCAGAGCCAUCGGCUGGAAAGGGAACGCGGAUGACUGGCCUGGUUCCUCAAGCUCGUCUCAGUAUUCGGGCAGCUAUCUGAACACCCCUUGGCCGGGCAUUCCUGCUGGUCACGGUGGCCACCAACACGACUCGUCCUGUAAUGCUCACGGCUCGUCGGCGGAGUCAAAAGGGUAG